CAUUGCGCAAGCAGUCGUCUUCCUCUCUAGGCGAUUUUGAAAAUUCAGACUUAUUCUUCAACGACUAUAGAACUACUACGUUCAAAGCGACAAAAAAAACCAUAGAUAGAAGAUGUCGCAAUUGAGAAAGCGAGUUCACCUUUUUAACUGUGAUAAUACGUACAAGCUAGAGCCUGUCGAGAAAUUGCUUGACCAAUUCAGCAUCCAUGUUGAGAAGCACUCGUUCAGACUCCCCGAAAUGUCUGAAAUGAUAGAAAAAAUUCCAACCUUAGAGAUGGAUAUGGCCUUUUUCGUGGUUCAUGCGCAUGAAUCUCGACUCUCGAUCAACGAAGACAACGCUGGAAUUGGUUACGCCAAGAUAUACAGAGCUUUACUAAUGGCGACGGGAGGAGAUGUUAUCACCGUCAUCGGGGGAGAUGAUAACUACAAAGACGACAAGGAAGAGAAUGGAGAGGUUAUUUCAAGUUGGGCGAAGAGGAAAGUCUCUUCACAGUUCGGCAGUGAGUAUCUUGAUGGUAGGAAGAGCUUUAUCUUCUCCUGGAACAAACAACAUCGAGCGGUUCACGAACAAGCUUUACUGCAUCACUUUGAUACAAACAAGAAAGGAAAAAAGUUUGAAUAUCGGCCGCCUACUCCCAACCAACAAUCAAACUCACAACCUCAAUUGCAGGACACAUCUACAGAAUUAGAAAAUCCAUACACGUCCAAGAGUUGCUCACAUAACGGUAAAGACACCUCUUUACUGUCAGCUGACAACGAGGAAAAUCCGACUGAUUCACACCCUAGUGGCGUCAGUAGUGCCGCGGGCGGCAGCAGAGACUCGGCGGGGAUGGAACCUUUUUGCAGUAAUCAGGGAGACAGUACUUACACACCAAACACACAUGUGAUCCGCCCAAGAAGUUCUGAAGAACCGGAUAUUGACGCUGACUCGUCUUCUAACGUUACCGAAGAUCAAUUACAAACUCAAUAUUUAGAAGUAAAAAGCUGUCAUGGGGAGAGUUCCCAAAAUACCCCGCAGCCUGUUCUGGCGACACAACUCCCUGGAAACCCUCCUCCCGUUGUUGUGCUGAGAAGUAUCGCUCGUUAUGGAAAGAUAUCUCAUCAAUUAGGUGACCUUCAAGUUUGGGACCCUGAAUUUAUAAUUCCAGAGGACAUUCAAGAAAGGUUGAUUAGAAAACACCGUCAUACCCAUGAUAUUGGAGUAAGAAUUAUUAGGAAUAGUGAUGGCACACUUGAGUGUCAUGAUUAUCAAGAUUUUACGAAGUUUUUCCUAAAUGACGAUAUAGAGCUUGCUAAAGAUGAGUUACUCUUAAUUAAAACUCGUAUCCGCCACGGAAAGGUGUCUUUUAACGACGUUGAUGUACAGUUUAAGUUUGGAAAUGUUCAUAUUCCUCAAGACAUUAUCUAUGGUUUCAGAGAAAACGUUAGUGCUGACCUGUACAUCAUUUCAGGAACUGAAAGGAAAUUUCGACUCAUAGUAAAAAGGAAAAGUGCUUCUAAGGGAGUAGCAGAAUUUAUGAAUAGAGAGUUUCAUUUUUUGUCUCGUUCCUUUCGUUCCUAACCUUUAGCACUGGAGAAAAUGUAUUUUAUGUUUGUAUGUCAGAGCGAGUUGAAGUGCCUAUGGCACGAAGUACUUUUUGCGUAAUUAUUCAGUUUAUCAUUUGUACAAUCCAUAGGGAAAAUUCCAAAAAAUUGCGGCUCUUUUUUUUUCCUGGCCUAAGGUGCUCUUUUGUCUAAAAUGGUUCUGUAGAAUGGUGACGGGUUAGCGGGUGAUGAAGUAGAAAACUGUAAAAACUUUCGAUUGACACUUGCAAAAUCUCAUAUUUCUCUUGUAAUUUUGUAUUAGUUAACGUUGAAAUACUCUAGAGAUAAUGUUUGAUGGCGAUGUAUACCUACCUUCAACAAACUCUGCUGAGAGCUGUGAUACAUCAUACUUGAGUAAUAAAGAAAAAAUUGAAGUUG